GUUUCUCGAUUUCCAGUUGCAACAUCUAGUGAAAAUUCAUGAAAUCUCAAUGAGUUGGAGAAAAACAGUCAGCUUACUUAUAAAACGACAGCAGAUUAAAACAAUUAUACGUAGACAAAGUACAACAAUGCCUUGUCUACACGUGAGGCACGUCGAAAAUGAUGACAGAAUCCAAAUAUCCUUCAAUUUCAGCCACAAUGGGAAAGAAAGGCAGUUCAACUUGAACAGACACAAAUCAGAAGAGCUUUCAAAAUCUCUAGAAAGACUAACCCAGAAUAUAAAGAAAUUUACUGAUAAAAAGAAAAGCAAGAAGCAGAAACUUGAAAAUACAGACAUUUCCAAUAACUUGACAAUAAAACUUUUACACAAUGAUAUUUCAGUUGACCAAAAUUGGCCAAAUUCAGAAGCAUGGAAAAAUGGUUCGGUUUUACACAUUGACGACACCACAUAUACUGUCACUGUGAAUCCACCUACUAUUCUGAAGCUCGAAAUUCCUGAUAGCAUUAUGGCAGGCUUUACAAUUUAUCUGAAAUAUGAGUUUGAAUUUGUUGAUAUCGCAAAAAGCAGUUUUGAAUGGUUUAUCGAUAUAAAAUCUGAAAACGACCAAGGAGCUAGUUCAUCAAAUGUUGUUGAAUGGAAAAAAGUAUCUGAUGGUUUUCUUUACACACCAUCUUUAACUGAAAUAGGCCAUAAAUUAAAGUUGAAAUGUAAACCUAGUGAUGGAGAACGCUUUGGUGAUGCUAAAGAUGUUUAUUCAACUGUAAACAUUGAGUCUGGCCCUGGGAUAUGCCCUUUUGAAAAUCGCCACUUGUACACCAAACGGCAAUCUGACCCAGGAUGCUUCAGAGUGAUAACUUACAACAUCUUGGCUGACACCUACGCUGACUCUGACUUUUCUCGGGAGACCUUGUUCCCUUACUGCCCUCCAUAUGCCUUGGCACUGGACUACAGAAAACAGUUGCUCUUAAAGGAGGUCAAAGGUUAUAAUGCUGAUGUGAUAUGCUUGCAAGAGGUGGACAAGAAAGUGUUUAUAAAUGAACUCCAACCUGUGUUGGACAUUGAAGGAUUUGAUGGCAUGUUGAAGCUGAAAAAUGGUCAGGUCCCUGAGGGGUCAAGUAUAUUCUACAGGAGGUCUAAGUUCAGGUUAUUAGGCAAGCAUGAUCUCAACAUGGUUGAGGAGCUGAAGAGUUCAGAGAAAUAUCAAGAUUUAUAUGAGAAAAUCUGUCAGAAGGAGGCUUACAAGGAGAAAAUGCUGGAUAGAAACACUACUCUGCAGGUAGCUGUGUUAGAAUCGUGUGAGGACCCGAGUAGAAAGCUAUGUGUUGCUACAUCACAUUUCUUCUUUCAUCCCAAGGCCUGUAACAUCAGACUAGUCCAGGCUUACAUCUGUUUGCAGCAUUUAGAAUCUGUCAGGGAAUUAUAUAAAGACCAGGGUACCUUGUCCUUUUUGUUCUGCGGGGACCUAAAUAGUGCACCUACACUAGGGGUGUACCAACUUAUAACUACUAAGGAUGUAGGACCAGAUCAUCCAGAUUGGAGCUCAGGUGGAGAGGAGGAAUAUUUAAAAGAUAUGGAGCUAUCUCAUAAGUUUAACCUGAAAAGUGCAUGUGGUACACCAAAGUAUACAAACUAUGUGGGAGGAUUCAAUGGCUGCUUAGACUACAUUUUCAUGGACUCUGAUAGCCUAGAAACAGUUCAAGUUAUUCCAAUGCCCUCCCAUGAAGAGGUGAUACAACAUACGGCUUUACCUAGUGUGGUGUUUCCUUCUGACCAUAUAGCUCAAAUAGCUGAUUUGACUUGGAAAUAAAAAAUGAUGUAUUUAUAUGUACAGGUUGGGCCAAUACAAAUGGGACACUCAAAUAUAUUAUAUUUAAAGGAGUGUAUAUGAACUAAAUGUCAUGAUAAUUUAGCAUUAUAAAGUUUUAACAUUUGUUGAUACAUGUUUAAAUCUUAAAGUCAAAUGAUGAUCAGAUUUUUUUUGUGUUUGACACAACAAAUUGGCACUAAAUUGAAUUGAAACUAAAGAAUUUGUGUUGUCUGUCAAUUUAGGUAAAAUUCAUUAUUUUUCUUUACCUUGACAUUAUUUUACUCAAAUUUCGCCAGCAUAUCAUUAUUAUUACAUGUAUUACAGGCAGUCUUCUGU